GUUUGCAGACAGUUCUCCCGAUUACGGGGGGCAGCACUGACUCACUUCAUCUCACUCUCACCCUCCUUCACCCUCAAAACAAUCUCACCAACACAUAUCCCCUUCCCUUCCCUUCCCGUCCCUUCCCUCCAGUAUAAAACCCACCAGACCCUCGACCCUCAACCACCAACUACAAACCACCAACCCCUCCCCCUCAAUCAACCAAACCACAGCAAACCACAAGGAACCAUGCCCUUUACAACACACCUCCUCCCCCCGCCCGCCCCAAACUCCAAGGGCACCCCGAAAUUCACCCUCCCCACCCGCACCACCCCAGACCCACCCACCAACCCGCGCCUCCUAACCGACGCCCUCACCAUCCGGCAGACAGUCUUCAUUGACGAACAGCACUGCAGUGCCGAGGAGGAGAUCGACGCCGACGACGGCCGCAGCUGGCAUUGGGUUGUUUACCACACCCCGGAACCAACCGCCUCCACCCCCGCCGGGGCACACCCCCCGAACCAACAACCUCCUCAAGCAGACGCAACGGAACGCAGCGAUCGCACCCCCGUCGCGACGAUCCGGCUCGUUCCGCCGCCGAAUAUCCACGAGCAUCACAAUCACAAUCGCAACGGAACGGGGAACGGGGAUGGUGCGGAGCAAGAACAAGAACAAGAACAAGAACAAGAACCCUACAUCAAGUUGACGCGGGUGGCGGUGCUGCGCGAGUAUAGGGGGUAUGGCUUGGGGCGAGCGGUGGUGGAGACGGCGUUGGCGUGGGCGAGGGAGCAUGCGCGGGAGAUUGAUGCUGCAUCUGCUGCUUAUGCUUCGGUAGAGGGGAAGGAGAAGGAUGGAGCGGGGGUGGUGGUGGCGCGCCCGUUGUGGAAUGGAUUGGUGCUGGUGCAUGCGCAGACGCAGGUGGAGAAGAUGUAUGAGCGGUGUGGGUUUGUGACUGACGAGGGGAUGGGGAGGUGGGACGAGAAUGAGAUUGAGCACUUGGGGAUGUGGAGGAGGCUUGUUCUGGAGUAGGCAUGUAGAGGUUCCUUGCAGAGUGAGUGGUGUGUACAGCGAGAGUUUACGAUGGGAGUAGGAGUUUGUAGAUGCUCCUCUAUAAAGGGUGUGGUGUGUACAGCAAGACUUUACAACGAAGUAGACUAGAAAAUAAGAUUCUUGGAUAUUGU